AUGACGACUGUUACUCGCCACUGUAAGUUUUGCUUUUUUUUUUUACUAAUUCAUACUUAUACAUCUACUUAUAUUUUUUUUUCAGCUGCACGUAUUAAAAAAUUAUUAGUUCAAGAAGUAGAUGUACAAGGUAGACCAAUCAAGCAGAUCAAUGAAAAACAGGACAUUAAAUUAAUUGGUCCUGUCACUCAGCUUGGUAAAAGAAAAAAUAUAUCUACUCAAAAGACAGCUGUCCAUAAAAUUCAACUUGAUGACCAGAAUAAAAAAAAACGACAAGCUUUAGAUGCAACUUUAAAAAGCACAAAAAAAAAAGUUACAAAUACUGCUGUUGAUUCAACGUUGCCUUUAAAUAAUACACCAAGGAAUGACAUAGUACCUCUUGUUGCUUCAUCUCAAAUACCUGAAUCAACUAACUUGCAACAAAAACAAUAUGUAUGCACCAAUGAUACAAUUGAUGGCAAAAAAGUAGUUGAAGAAGUAAUUCAUGCUAAAGGAAAAAAUAUAUCUACUCGAAAAGCAGCUGUUCAUAAAAUUCAACUUGAUGACCAGAAUAAAAAAAAACGACAAGCUUUAGAUGCAACUUUAAAAAGUACAAAAAAAAAAGUUACAAAUACUGCUGUUGAUUCAACGUUGCCUUUAAAUAAUACACCAAGGAAUGACAUAGUACCUCUUGUUGCUUCAUCUCAAAUACCUGAAUCAACUAACUUGCAACAAAAACAAUAUGUAUGCACCAAUGAUACAAUUGAUGGCAAUAAAGUAGUUGAUAAAGUAAUUCAUGGUACACAUGAAUAUUCUUACGUUCAACGUGAACCUUAUUGGCUUCAAAUACACAAACAAAAAAAAGAAAUACAACUUCUUAAAAACAAGGUUUAUCAAUUAACAAAAAUGUUGGAGAGAGGUGAAAAUGGGACUCAGAUGAUGCAGUUACCAAUGCAUUCUUCGGUUCCAAUGAGUUUAAGCAGACAUCCAACUUUACAAUAUUCAUUACCGCAAGGAGGACAACAAGCUGUUCUUCGUAGACCAUACUUUCCUCCCAUGCUACCACCAUUCUCACAAUUUCAAUCAUCAGCGUAUUCAGUUAUGCCAAACAACCAUGAUUCAAGAUUGAUGCCAUACAUGGAACCAUCAAAUAUUGUUUAUAACUUCACUGAUCCAUUAUUUUAUCCUUUUGCUGGUGGUUUUUGAUAAUAAAUUGUAUU